UCUAAACUCUGCUGCCGCCUUCAGUAUCUGCGGUUGGCGGUCUUCAACGCUGGUAUGAACGCGCUGCGACGAACAUGAGGCUAGGAUCCGUUUCAUUGAUCUUGGCUGCCCUCACAUCUAUCUCGGCUCAGGCUGCCUCUCAGGUUAUAUUCGGUUUACAUCGCGAAUACGGGGUAGCGGUGGAUGGAGAAGUGGAUGAACUCCAACUGAGAGUUUACUCGCCAGACUUGCAUGUACGGCCGACCUAUACCAUCAGUGCUCAUCCGACCAGUGUCUACCGGCCGCGCUCACAAGCAGCGUUUGAGAGUGCCCGUCUUCGGUCCUUAAGAGAUGCUCAAGACGAGAAGGUGCUGUGGGACGAGAGGAAGGUGCUUGGACCAGAUAUAACGGACCGGCACACCCUUGCGCAGCUCGCUCGGAUGACAGGGAAUGCUUAUUCCAUGCCCGGGUGGAAGAACUGGUAUGACAUCGACCCCGAAUGGAAUAACUCAUUCCCAAUUGGCUGGGAUCCCGAUUCACCGGGGUUUCGCGGGCACGUCUUCCUCUCGUCGGACGAGUCUAUCGCUAUCCUCUCCAUCAAGGGGACAACUAUCAACGGUCCUACGUCCAAGCUCGAUAAAUUCAAUGACAACCUUCUGUUCUCUUGCUGUUGUGCCAGAGUGGACAUCAGCUGGGUCUUCAGUACAGUCUGCGGAUGCUACAGGUGUGGCUGGAGGUGUGACGAAAGCUGCCUCAGCGAAGCGGUCGCACAAGACAGUCUCUUCUAUUCCGUUGGCAUCAAUCUUAUCAACAACCUUACUUCGAUGUACCCUGACUCCGACAUCUGGCUGGUUGGUCAUUCUCUCGGCGGAGCCCUCGCCUCCCUCCUUGGUAUCACCUUCGGGUUCCCUGCAGUAGCCUUUGAAUCCCCCGGCGAGCGUCUCGCCGCGAACCGCCUGCACCUCCCGCUCCCAACCGCUGAUUCUGUCGUUCCCUGGCACGCUCCAGUAACCCACGUCUACCACACCGCCGAUCCUAUCCCGCAAGGCGCAUGCACAGGGCCAUUGUCUCCCUGCGCGCAGGCGGGGUACGCGCUGGAGACCAGGUGUCAUCUAGGCGGUAGCGUCGUAUUCGACAGUGUGAAUAAAUUGGGUUGGGGGGUGGAUAUUAGAUCGCAUCCCAUUCGGGAGGUCGUACGUAUGCUAGAAAUAGAGGGAGUAGAUUGGGCGGAGAAUGGCGAGGUCCCAGCCAGAGAGAAGGAAGAAGGAUGUAUUGACUGCUACAAGUGGGAAUUCGGCGAUUUUGACCGGCUGGGCGAUACUUCUCUCCCUGGAUCAAGAUGCAAAUAAUUUCAUCUCAUUGGGCAUCCAUUUGGCAUUGUAUCAUUAUCAGUGUAUGUACAAGUAUCCGUUUUCUUGGUCUGAUCUGCAUGUAGAAUCAUAGCAAGUGCUUGGUGCAAAUGACAUUUAAAUUUCAGCUGACAAUACAGUGCUAAUGUCUCCCGACUUUGCUCUUAUACGUCGCGGCUCUCAGCCCCAUUAGCAGA